UGACAUUGGCUUUGGAGGCGCUGAAAGAAAGCUCGUUGGAGACCCGGGUAUUCAAGCUGGUGGAUAACGUUGGACCCCUUCUCUUUUGCUCCAGAGAGGGUGAUAGGACCAGAAAGUAAUUCGCGGGUCGCCAUAAGGGAGAGGGGGCGUAAGUAAAGGCCGACGGUAAAGAAGGGCAGAUAGCUGUCGGAUUGGGUAAGGUUGAAUGAACCAUCGUCCAUGCUAGCGGAUCACGCACGUGACAUUCUGUUCCAUCGCGGAAUGCCGCCGCGCCGCCGAUUUAGUCACGUGAUAUUCGUUGUCCAAUCAGGAAACGUGGCUGUUGACUUCAACACACAGGUUGGCACAACACAGUCGCGGAUGGAAGAAUGCAUGGCGCGGUUGCAAGCUUGCAACCGCGCAGCAAAGCUCGGUGUUGUCAACCUAAUCUUGGUGUGUGCAACUCCUCACCUUGUUGUCUUGACGAACACACUUGGGAUGCAGUGGCGGACGAUCUGUACGUUCCACGGUGUGGUGGGGGUUCUGACAGCUCUCUUGCUGUUCUGUCACACCAUAGCAUUUGCGUUAUCACGAAAUUCCUUUACUCUCGCAAGGACCGAAUUUUUUUGGGCAACAGUGGCAGCAGCUUCCACAAUUCGCCUCUUCCAAUCUGAUUUCCUGCCUCCGAAAUCGCUGGUACAAGAUAUUUUUCGUGCCCAUCGAAGUCUGGCAAUUUUAUCAUUAUGUGGCAUUUCCAUCUCUACAGCUUCGCCCGUACAGGCUCUCCGAGGAAGGAUAUGAGCCGCCUCCAGAUCCAGGAUAUCACCAGCACCAGCGUUAUGGUGUACCCUGCUAUCGUGACCACGAUCCGCCUUGGGAGGCCGCCCACCCUCCAUCGAGGCCAGGCG